UAUCCAUUUCUCCAACAUCCGGGAACACUAACAAGUUCUUACAAGAAGGAUGAUGAUAUUGUAAUAAUAAGAUCUCUUCUCAUCCUGUUGUUAUUCUUGUUUCCCGGCAUCUCGCCUUCUGUUGAAAGCUUUCAAAAUUAGGGAACGCGAAGGCGAGAUUACUAUCAUAUAGAAGGAAAAAAAGAAAAGAAAAAAAGAUGAUUGGAAAGGUUGCUGCGGCGAGUGUGUCGCUUAUCCUAGUAGUAGGUGUUGUCAUUGGUGUAAUAGCUAGUGUUGGCCACUUCCACAAACAUGACAAUUCAUCAAAUGGCGGAGCAAAUGCAGAUGAUCACUUGUCGCCAGGAAUGAAGGCCGUGACAACAAUGUGUAACCCAACUGAAUACAAAGACACAUGCAUCAAAACUCUUAGCCCUUUGGUUAGUAACGGAUCCGCCAACCCCAAAGUUUUGGUGAAGGGAGCAAUCCAGUUUACCAUGGAUGAGGUCCAGAAGGCUAUUGAACAUACAGAAAAACUGGUAGACGACCCCAAGCUCGUCAACAACAAUGAAACACUGAAGGAAGCUCUUGGUGAUUGCAAGGAGUACUUACAGUACGCAUUGGACGACCUUAAAGAAUCAGUGUCCAUGGUUACUGACAACGAAUUGAAUGCUUUGGGUGAUCUUGCACCUGAGCUUCAGAAUUGGUUGAGUGCUGUGGUUUCAUUCAAGGAAAACUGUCUCGAUGGUCUUGAUAUCAGCCCUGAAUUGAAGAAGGCUAUGAUGGACAAUGGUUUAAUCAGUGUUACUGAAUUUACAACCAAUGCUCUUGGUAUUGUUGGCGAAAUUUCUGACCUCCUCAAAAGUUUUAACAUACCAUUUAACUUGACCAGUGCAGCCGAUUCUGUUCAAGGCAGAGGUUUAACUGAGACAGACAAGGAAGGAUUCCCUACAUGGUUUUCUGGCAACAGCCGAAAGCUUUUGGCUUUACACCAAAGUGGUAGGUUGAGGCCUAAUGCAGUCGUGGCUAAAGAUGGAAGCGGACAGUUUAGGACAAUUAGUGCUGCUCUUGCUGCAUAUCCAAAGAAUAACGUAAAGAACCAGGCACAUGUGAUUUAUGUUAAGGCUGGUAUCUAUGACGAAUACAUCACUAUCACCAAAGACCAGCACAACAUUGUCAUGUACGGAGAUGGUCCAACAAAAUCCAUCGUCACCGGAAGGAAGAGCUUCCGAGACGGUGUCAAGACCGACAAGACCGCCUCCUUCGCCGUUAUCGGAAGGGAUUUCCAUUGCUAUUCGAUGGGAUUCAGAAACACAGCUGGUCCUGAAGGUCAUCAAGCCGUGGCUCUACGAGUUCAAUCAGACAGAUCUGCUUUCUACAACUGUAGAAUGGAUGGAUACCAAGACACUUUGUACGUACAAACCUACCGCCAAUUCUACCGCAACUGCAUCAUAUCAGGCACAAUCGACUUCAUCUUCGGUGACUCUGCAACCAUUAUCCAGAACUCAAUGAUCAUUGUCAGAAAACCCAUGGACAACCAACUGAACACAAUCACAGCUCAUGGAAGGAGCAAGGCUGCUGAAACCACUGGUCUAGUCCUCCAAAACUGUCAAAUCGUGCCAGAACGACAACUUUUCCCUGUCAGGUUCAAGAUCAAUUCAUACUUGGGUCGCCCAUGGAAGGAAUACUCAAGGACCAUUGUCAUGGAAUGCGCUAUUGGUGAUUUGAUUCAUCCAGAUGGUUGGUAUCCAUGGGAAGGUACCUUCGCACUCAACACCUUAGACUACGGUGAGUAUGCAAACACAGGUCCUGGAGCUAACACUGCUAGAAGAGUUAAGUGGAAGGGUUACCACGCCAUCACAGACAGAAAGGUAGCAGCUAGAUACACCGCACAGCCAUUCAUCCGUGGACAAAUGUGGUUGAAAAGCACUGGAGUCCCAUUCAUGCUAGGGUUUACACACUAAUUUGAUCAUUCAAAACUUACAUGUUCUGUUGCUACAAGACUUCUGGAAUGAGAGAAAGAGAGGAAUGCACAUGUAGAAGAAGAAGACAGCAUUGAUUUGUAUUGAGUUUCUUCCUUCUUUUAUUUGGCAGUAUUCUUUUGAGAGAAAAGAAAAUUUAUGAAUAUUUUUUUACUUGUAAAUUUGUCACACAUUUCUAAGAUUCCUAACCCCUCCCAUCAUCA